AUGAGCGUUUUUGACUACAACUUGUACUCUGAGGACCAACCAAAUGUUAACAAUUACGUAGCUGGAGUUGGAUUCUUGCUGAAAAGAUUCAAAGACGAAUCAGACUUCAACCACUAUAUCAACGAGAUGCAACAAAAUGAAACGACCUGCGUUUUUCAGAAGUAUUUGAAUCAAAAUGAUGAUGUGUUCAAUGGUGAAGAUGAUGCCUUUUCGAAUGAUGGUGAUGGUCAAGUUUUGAAUGCAGUGGAGGAUGGAAUCUUUCUUGAUAUGUCACAAACAUCUCGAUGGGCACCUAAUACAGCUCACGUUUCCUAUGAUUUCCGGCGAGGUGAAGGCGGAUACUACUUCUUGAUCUAUCAAAUAUGCUCUCCUCCAAAGGAUGUCACAAUUUACAGCGACUUUGAGCUUGAUUUUCAUUUCUCGAAUCAAGAUUCGUUCAGUAGCGAAUCCUAUCUCUCUGCUGGAGAAAUGAUCUUGCCAAAUAUGUUCUUCUGUUUCUUCCUCCUCUACUCGAUUUGCCUCUAUUUAUGGACAAGAAAUAUUAGCGCGAUUUCCGAAGGGGGAGUUGGGUAUUUUGCAGAUUUAGCAGGAGGACGACCCCUGGUCUACCCAAUUCACUAUAUCAUGUCAUUUCUAUUGUUACUCAAGACCUUCUCCAUCCUCUUCGAGAGUAUUCGAUAUCACUACUUGAGAGUAACUGGACACGCUUCAGUGUGGUCAGGGUUGUAUUAUACGUUUACAUUUCUAAAAGGAAUGAUUCUAUUUACGGCCAUCUUGCUGAUUGGAUCAGGAUGGAGCUUUGUCAAACCAUUCCUUAGUGAUCGAGAGAAAAAGAUGAUUUUUGCAAUUUUGGUGCUUCAAGUGAUCAACAACAUUGCUAUCGUUGUGCUAACGCAAGAGACAGAGGGAGAAGUGGCCUUCGAUAGAUGGACUGCUGUCCUUCAUCUGGUAGAUAUCAUUUGCUGUUGUGCUGUGUUGAUUCCAAUAGUUUGGCAAGUCAACACUCUAGAAAAGAACAUCGAAUUGAGCAACAAUUCACAUGCAGAUGUCAACGAUACCAGUGAUGCCAUCAUUUCAGAGGAUGAAUUUGAAAACGAACCUUUAAAAGGUCGGCCGACCGAUCAAAAGUUGGCCUCAAAACUCAAAUUGUUCCGAAGUUUCUACUUGCUUGUUGUUGCUUACAUUUAUACCACGAGGAUCGUGGUCUACAUCUUUGCUUCUACGCUGGACUAUCGUCACCAGUGGGUGAAGCAUUUUGUGAUUGAGGGGGUGACGCUUGCAUUUUAUGUAACAGUGGGUGCGCUGUUCAAACCGAUGGGUGAAAAUCCGUAUCUCUCCCAACAAGGUACCGCCGAAGUUGAACUGACGUUGUAA